AUGUCGAACACAGUGAGUAGAGAGUCAACCCCGUCAGACUUCGCCAUACUAGAGGGAAGUCGAAAGCGAUCACUCUCCUGUUCAAGCGACGAUGGCUACAACGCUGAGAAUGACAACAACUCCUGCGACAAGCAAGCACAAAAGCUGAAGUCCCAUGGAUACGACAAUGAGUACAACGAAGAGCUCAACAAAGCGAACUUCGACGACCUCGCCCCAAAGCGUAAAUCACCAGAAGAACUACUCUGGUGUCCAUUCACCGACAAUUUCUUCGACGACAUGGCCACAAUGAUCGCACGGGACUUCCCAGUCACCCAAUUCGCCAAGCGACACAACUGCGAAGGGAGAGACGUCCUGCACGCCCUCCACGCCGUAGUCAUGGACCCUCUCCGCAGAACCCAGACUUGGCACGAAGGCCUCUCUGUCUCCGAAUACGCCCAAAUGCUCAUCGCAAACUGGCGUGCGCCUUACAUCCCCUCGCCAUCUGGACUUUUGGGGGCAGGCGGCUCGCAGAGCUCACCUAUUUUCAUCGCCGAUGAUUCUCCUGGCCCGUUGAGUCCGCGUGAGAAUUCAGAAAUAUCGGGCGUUGGUCCUUACAAGAUUGGUCUCGAUGGCUUCGAGGAGAGCCCUAAGAAGCAGCUUGGCGCUAUUCUUCGUGCUUAUGCAAAUGGGAGCCCCGGUUGCAAGAAGAGAAGAUAUGGCUCGCGAACUCCUUCGGUGGAUGGCUCUUCUCGCUCAGCACCCGCUGCUUUGGGAAUUUUCCCGCCAUCGAACAGUCCAAAUCAGAAUCAUGAUCGGAUUCAACUUCAAGAUCAGGAUCCUGCUCCUGGUGAUUCGAGUGGUGAAAGUACUAUCCUGGAUACCAGUCCAACAAAAACCCAGAGGGCAACGUCUGAGCAGGAGAAGGGCCCAGUCGCUCGGACUGAGUGUCGCAAGAGUGCUGAUGGGACCUGGAUCCCUACUCACAAAUGGAUUCCGGGAUAUCAUCGCCCAGCAGUGCGAGGGGAUGAUGAUCACUUCGAAUAG